AUGCUAAAAGUAUUUACAAAAUCAGAAGAAACUGAUUUCAUCCAUGAAAUAGCAAAUACUUUUAAAAGUGUUGAUAUUACUAAUGAACAAUUAGGAGGAGAAAUCGUAGAUUUUUCAGAUCAAUGGUUCGCUGAUGCAAGUAACUUGAUUAAACCAACCAAACCUAUUAGAGAUGCCACAAAAUUUACUCAUAGUGGUGCUUGGUAUGAUGGAUGGGAGACAAGAAGACAUAAUGAAGGAGAGUAUGACUGGGUGAUUAUCAAAAUGGGUAUAUCAUCUGCAAGACUUAUAGGUGCUGAGAUAGACACCAGUUUUUUUAAUGGCAAUCACGCCCCAUUCAUCUCGGUGGAUGCCUUAUAUGACGAGAAUCCUGACCUAAAUGAAUCAGUCAUCAAGGAAAAUGACCAAAGAUGGAGUGAAGUAAUAGAAAAGUUUGAAUGCGGACCAUCACAAAGACAUUUUAUUUUGAGAGAGAAUGGCCUUACUGAUGAUAAGUUCAAUUAUAUUAAAUUGAAAAUGUACCCAGAUGGUGGUAUUGCAAGGUUUAAAAUGUAUGGUAAGAUUUGUCACCCACAUGUCGCAGCUAAUGAUAUUACAGAUUUAGCAUUUAUAGGUCACGGUGGUGUAGUGACUGCUUACUCAGAUCAACAUUUUGGUACUGCAAACAACCUGAUUUUACCAGGAAGAGGCCAUGACAUGUCAGAUGGAUGGGAAACUAAAAGAUCAAGGUCUGUUGGGCAUACUGACUGGACCAUAAUCGAGUUAUGCCAGAUUUCUACAUAUAUUGAUAAGAUUAUUGUUGAUACAGCUCAUUAUAGAGGAAAUUUUCCACAGUAUAUAACUGUCCAUGCCAUGUUGCAUCAAAAUGACCAGGAUAUCGAUCCAUCUUCAAAAAAUUGGAUAGAACUAGUCCCAAAAUCUAAAACUGGUCCCGACAAAGAACAUAGUUUCACGGUGAGCAAAAAUAUGAGGGUCAGUCAUGUAAAAUUCACAAUUAUUCCGGAUGGUGGUGUCAAAAGAUUAAGAGUGUGGGGUUACUGA